CUUACUUUUUUGCGUGUGAGGGAAACCAGUCAAACUACCCAAAGUUUGCUCACCAACCACAGCAGCUCUGUUUUUAGCUCAGACUGUUGUUUCCAGUGGAAAUAUUUCCCAGAAUCUAUUCUUUGAAAUGGCGGGAGACAGCGGUGCCUGCUGGAGGGCGAUGUUCCGCAUCGGCCGCCGCAUCCUGGCGGGGCGGUGGUUCAUGGUCUUCAGCUGCCUGCUCAUCCUCUCCGUCUCCGGCGGGACCUACGUAUUCGGGAUCUACUCCGAGGAGAUCAAGUCAACCCUAGGCUACGACCAGACGACCUUGAACCUGGUCAGUUUCUCCAAGGAGCUAGGAGCCAACAUCGGGAUCAUCUCCGGCCUAAUCAACGAGAUCUCCCCUCCCUGGGCCGUCCUCCUUCUCGGCGCCUCCAUGAAUUUCUCCGGCUACUUCUUCAUCUGGCUCGCCGUCACCCGCCGCCUACCCGACCCGAAAAUCUGGUGGGUCUGUUUCUGGAUCUGCGUCGGAUCGAACUCCCAGACCUUCGCCAACACCGGAGCCCUCGUGACCUGCGUCAAAAACUUCCCCGAAUCUCGGGGGAUCGUGAUCGGCCUCAUGAAGGGCUACGUCGGCCUCAGCGGCGCAAUCAUCACUCAGAUCUACCACGCACUGUACGGAAACAACGGCAAGUCUCUGAUCUUUCUUCUUGCCUGGCUCCCUGCAGUGGUCUCCGGCGUUUUCCUGCGAACCGUCCGUGUCUUGAAGGUUAACACUGCGAGAAAGGCAAAUGAAGAGCUCAGAGUGUUCUACAAUCUCUUGUUCCUGUCUUUCGGCCUCGCCGGGGUUCUUAUGUGCAUAAUCAUUGUGCAAAACCGGGUCCAAUUCAACAGGAUUGAGUACGCGAUCAGCGUUUGUCUGAUUGUUGCUACCUUGAUUUCUCCAAUAAGUGUUGUGAUUAGGGAGGAGGCCAAGCUCUUGAAGACCAAGAAACAACUGCUGGAAGAAGUGGAAGAAACUGAAGAGCCUGUCGCGCCUGAAACGGCCGUCGCGUGGUACAAAAACGCGUUGAGUCCUCCAGAGAGGGGGGAGGAUUACACCAUUUUGCAAGCGGUGUUGAGCAUCGACAUGUUGAUUUUGUUCGGUGUCACAAUAACCGGAGCUGGAGGGACAUUGACGGCGAUAGACAACCUAGGACAAAUAGGCAAGUCCUUGGGCUAUCAAGACAAGAGCAUAACCACAUUUGUGUCACUUGUGAGCAUUUGGGGCUACCUAGGAAGGGUGGCCUCCGGUUUCGCCUCAGAAAUCUUCUUGGCCAAGUACAAAUUCCCACGCCCGCUAAUGCUCACGCUAGUCCUCCUCCUCUCAUGCAGCGGCCAUCUUUUGAUCGCGUUCGGGGUUCCCAACACCCUAUACGUCGCCUCGAUCUUGAUAGGGUUGUGCUUUGGGGCAAUUUGGCCUUUGAUAUUCGCGAUGAUCUCCGAGCUCUUUGGGCUCAAGCACUACUCCACAUUGCUCAACUUUGGGGGUGCCGCGAGCCCGGUUGGGGCCUACAUAUUCAAUGUAAGGGUGGCGGGAGCUUUGUACGACCGCGAGGGGUUGAGGCAGUUGGGGGCCAAGGGGAUGAGAAGAGGGACGGGGGAGGAUUUAACGUGCGACGGGGUCGAGUGUUUCAGGGUCGCGUUUCUGAUCAUUGCAGCCUCGACGAUCGCGGGCUGCGUGGUUUCGUUGGUUUUGGUGGCCAGGACAAGGAAAUUCUACAAGAGUGACAUAUACAAGAGGUUUAGGGACAAGGGUUUGGGUGUGUAGAGGAGAAGAUUGAGAAAAAAUGGUGUUUGAAUUUUCAUGGUGCAUCUCGUUUGGUACAUGUAGGAGUUGUAGGUUCACUUGUACAUGCUACCUAAACUAUGUAGGGAGUAAUGCAUAGGGCUUGUAGAAAUUAUGUGUUUUUAAAUAAACAUGAUAUCCAUACUUGGUUUAGAUACUAAUUCUCCCUACAUUCUCCCUACAUUCCUCCUUUAAAAAAAAGUAUCGAGAGAGGACAAAAUUAUUUGUCUAUUUCCCUAUAUCUAGGAUGCUACAUACAUGAAAAAACGAGGUAGAGAAAAGAUAGGGAAAAGAAUAAUAAAAUCAAUCUUUACUUCUGACCAACUUGAACAACUUGAGAACGUCCUCAUAUACAACAAAAGUAACGGCAGAAGCUGGUACGUUUUUUAAUAAGUUAGCAGUAAUACCUUUGUAGAAACCACGAAUGCCUUCAAACCUGCAAUUGCAAAGAGAAAAAUAAAAAAACAUGCAUGUCUUAGACAGGGCCGUUUGGGAAUAAUAGACAAUCCUCAAG